GUGACAGCACCGACAAGAUGGCGGAGGGCACAAGCGCAAAGUGAGGAGGACAACACAACAUUUAUCGCACAGCUGAAGACAUUUGUAUUGUUUUCACUACGGCUGGUGGGUCUGGUUGUUCGGCUCGCACAUCGGACCGGUGCAGGGGCGGCGUGGAACCAAUGCACCCGAGCUUGUGUUAUGCAAGGGAAGUCUAUCGGCGGAAGACGGGACAUUGUCAACUCAACCCAAGUCAAGCAAAAAAAAAAAAAAAGCCUGCGUGCACUUCGUAAAAAUAUCUGAAAUGCCGAGAAACGGCACUUCGCUGUCGCAUAUAUGUUAACGUUUUCUAGAUGUUUUUCUGUUUUGUUUGGAAUUUCUCUGUAGUUGCCCAUCGACUCUCGGGAUAGCCAACUAGCUAAUGGUACCUGAAUCACUUGGUUUCAGUCCAAAAGGAAAAGACCCUCGGAACACGGUGUUCCGACGGAGCGCUUAGCCGGAGGUUCUGAAAGUCAGGCUGAUUGCGAUCUGUGGCUAAUUGACUGUGUAUUUCUGUCCGUGGAGGAGGAAACGGUUUCCCCCACAAUAAGCAAGAAGACGGAGUAUUCAAAAACAGCGUUAUAGUGUAAAGGGUCCACGCUUGGGAAUUCACGUCGCAGUUUGUUUUAUUUCUGCUUUUAGACAACUUGCGUGACGCCAUGGCGCACUCCCCGGUACAGGGUGGCCUUCCAGGGAUGCAGAAUCUAAAAGCAGACCCAGAGGAGCUGUUCACCAAGCUGGAGAAGAUCGGCAAAGGCUCCUUCGGGGAAGUGUUCAAAGGCAUUGACAAUCGGACUCAGAAAGUUGUGGCCAUUAAAAUAAUCGACCUCGAGGAAGCGGAGGACGAAAUCGAAGACAUUCAGCAAGAAAUCACCGUUCUGAGCCAGUGUGACAGUCCCUUUGUCACCAAGUACUACGGAUCCUAUCUCAAGGACACAAAAUUAUGGAUUAUUAUGGAAUACUUAGGUGGAGGAUCAGCCUUGGAUUUGCUGGAGCCCGGGGCGCUGGACGAAACACAGAUCGCUACCAUUCUUCGCGAGAUACUGAAAGGCCUAGAGUACCUGCACUCAGAAAAGAAAAUCCACCGAGAUAUCAAAGCCGCCAAUGUCUUACUUUCGGAGCAAGGUGACGUGAAGCUGGCGGACUUCGGCGUGGCGGGACAGCUAACAGACACGCAGAUCAAGAGGAACACGUUCGUGGGCACGCCCUUUUGGAUGGCCCCGGAGGUCAUAAAGCAGUCCGCGUACGACUCGAAAGCAGACAUCUGGUCAUUGGGUAUAACGGCGAUAGAGCUGGCGAAGGGGGAGCCCCCCCACUCAGAACUUCACCCCAUGAAGGUCCUCUUCCUCAUCCCAAAAAAUAACCCCCCCACACUGGAGGGGAACUACAGCAAACCCCUCAAAGAGUUUGUGGAGGCGUGCCUGAACAAGGAGCCCAGCUUCAGGCCAACCGCCAAAGAGCUGCUGAAGCACAAGCUAAUCGUCCGCCACGCCAAGAAGACGUCGUACCUGACGGAGCUCAUCGACAAGUACAAGAGGUGGAAAGCGGAGCAGUCCCGGGACGAGUCCAGCUCAGAAGAGUCCGAUACGGAGCAAGACGGUCAGGCGGCGGGGGGCAACGACUCUGGGAACGACGACUGGAUCUUCAACACAAUCAGGGAGAAGGACCCCAAAAAGCUGCAGAACGGGACGGCCCAGCCCGGCGAGCUGGAGAGGAGCAGGGUACAAGACAUUCCAAAGAGGCCUUUGUCACAGAGCUUGUCCACAAUUAUUUCUCCGUUGUUUGCUGAGCUGAAGCAGAAGAGUGAGGCGAACAACGGCAAACCCGAGGCGCUGGAGGAGCUGAGGGAGGCCAUCUUCCUGGCGGAGGAGGCCUGUCCCGGGAUCUCAGACUCCAUGGUAUCUGAGCUGGUGCAGAGACUACAGAGGUUCUCUGUGUCCAGGGCGUCAUCCUCCUCCCAGUAAGCGCUGUUGUGUUUCCCAUGGCCUCCCACUGUCUCCCAGGAAGGGCCCUCAUCUGCCAGCCGCUUAAAGCAAACUCUUCCACCUUCCCUUCCCUUCUGUUUUACUUUACUGUUGUAGUGCACAUAUUUAGAAAGAGGCGUGUAGCGGAGAGGGUGGAGCGGCCGGACGCACUGCCUGCCUGUAGGAUCCACCUGCACUGUGGCAUCAAUCUCUGUACCUCUUCAUCCGGUGAAUCUCACUCUUGGGGCAGUUUUUUCCAGUGCGUCCAAAAAAAA